AUGGCUUACAAUUACAAUGGAACCGGAAAACGAUUGAAAAUGAAUGGAUAUGAACAGGGGGUCAUUCUGGACCUGAUGCGUGGAACAAGCUGGAUUGAAGGGUUCUUCGAGGCGAUAGAGGGCAUAUGUUUAUCGUCUCCAAAACUUGCCAGUGAGUACUACGCUGCACUUAUCCUCGAAAUAGCAAUCUACUGGAAGCAGCAAACUCUGUGCUGUUUACCUUUGCUAAAUGGUGCCGGACGAAAAAAAAAAAGACUUCUUGGCGUUUCGGCACCCGGGUCACAGCGUGCUAAAGCAUAA